UAUGGACCCCAGCGCGAUCACUGCCAACGCCGGCCAUGGCUCCCUGUUGACGUCAACACAUCAGGUUGGUCAUGCCUCCUCGUUGGGAUCGUGCACGACAGGAGCAGGAGCAUGGACGAUGAGUGCUGCUACUUGUAGCUGCGGCGAUCAUCGCCAUACAAGGCACGCAGGAAAUGUAGACACUUGCGCGGCAGAUGGCAUUGCUCCUCCAACACUUCAUGCAGAUGUCUUUUGAGAGUGAUUUGCUGCAACUGGCCGUGUUGGAUUCAUCCUUCAUGAUAAUGGCGACGGCCAUGGCUGUUAUGGAGGGACCCUCUCCACCUCGAUGGUGGGUUCGGCCGAGGGCAGAUGGGGCAUGGCAUAAUAUGACACGAGGCGAUGAUGCUGCUGAAGACUAUUACUUCGACAACAUGAGGAUGCGAGAGGUGGUGUUCCGUGGCCUCGUUGCGAACCUGGAACCAUACCUGCAGCGCCAACACACAUGGUACAGGGCGCCCACGCCGCCGGACAAACUGGCCGCGUACGCCCUGUACAGGUGGGCAACCGGCACAAGCUACGACGUGCGUGUGCUGAUGAACUCGUCUCUACGUGAGAGGGCUGAAGACGGAUCACUGUUUCGUGCUGAUCCGCUUGCCCUCCCUGGCGGGAUUGAGACCAGCGGUUACUUACUGGGCUAUGGCGGGUAUCCUAGCUUGCCAUGGUUGGUGGUGCCUUUUGGAGGGCCUCAAGAGGAUGGCUCUGACACGGAGGUGUUCGACACUGCGCAGAAAAGAUGUCGUGGUCGUGUGGAAAGAGCAUUUGGCAGGCUCAAAGGCAUGUGGCGCAUGUUUCUGCGCACCCAUAAACCUCACAUCACUUCAUUGUCCCUGCAGUUCCGUGCCGUGUGUGUGAUUCACAACCUGCUGAUACGCUGCGGGGUUCAGAUGGACCCGGCUCUUGCUCCACGGAAUGUGCACCGCCACCCGGACGAUGACAACGAUGACGACAUCGCUCCGCCACCUCCACCGGAGCUCACAGCUCGGCAAGCUCGUGAUGCAGGCCGCCGCAUGCACGAUGCCCUGCGAACAGUGGUAGCGCACCACGUACGUGAACAACAGAACCGGCAGAACAGGAGAUAGGAGGACUAUGCGCGGAGGCGUCCGCAAAGAUCACUGAAUACAGACAGUGCACGUGGAGAGAGAGAGAGAGAGAGAGAGAGAGAGAGAGAGAGAGAGAGAGAGAGAGAGAGAGAGAGAGAGAGAGAGAGAGUCUGCACAUUGUUUUUGUUUUUAAGAGUGGUGUGGGAACUGCACUGGCCACAGUGUUUAUUUAUUGGUGAAGUGGUGGUCGCUGUGUUUUUCUUUGCUUGCAAUGUGAAAACAAAUCUAUAAUCAUACU